UGCUCUUCCUCUCCAUCCACCUCAAACUCACCUCGACCACGCAACAUGGCCGCCGCAUCAGAAAAACCCGCACCCUGGUCGUCGGCCGCGAUCGACGCGGCGUCGCACGGCGCCAUCGCCUUCUGCCAGAUCUACUACGAGGCCUUUGACGAGCCUACCCGGCGGUCACUUGAAAUACCCCUCUUCUUCCUCCCGACGGCCAAGAUUGUGUGGAACGGCAACGUCGUCAAGCCCGACGCCGGCAGCCUGAACGCCUUCCUCAACGCGUUCCCACUCAGCAGACACGACCUGCAGACGCUCGACUGCCAUCCUUUGAAGCCCCUCGACCCCGCAGCAGGCGGCGCACCAGAGCUCGUGCUCACCGUAACUGGCUCGGUGCUGAACGGGCCCUCAGUCAUGAAGUCCGGCGACGCGCCCCCCGUCGGCGUGAGCGAGCACCCGCGCAAGUUCCGCGAGGUGUUUGUCCUCAAGCCUACCGAGUCGGCAGAGGGCAUGCAGCCCAAGUAUGCCAUCCAGAGCUCCAACUUCCGCUUUAUUGGAUAGGCGAAAACGCGACAGACGCGCCGAUGCGCGCGGAACGCGACACCACGAACACUAUAGUAGAGCACGAAUGCAUCGCAUGGGGAUCUGGAGCUGGAGCGGUUACUCGGCGGUUUGGCGGUUGACCUCGUGAGGAAGAUGGCUGGGCGGACAGUUGAUGGAGC